AGUACAGAUAACAUCAUUCUGAUGAACUGAGUGCGACCAAAGGACGGAGCUGCACGUCUGCAAUAAAUAAGAGGGAACUGUUACAUGGCGGUGCUGUCCCCAGUUAUUAUCCAGCCCUCGUUCAGAGUAAUGCGUAUGAGUUAGAUCUACUCCUACUUCACCUCAGUCUCAGCCUCCCAGCCCUCAGUGUUUGCUGGAGGAGCUGUUCCUGGUCUGCUUGCGUAUCAACAAACACUCAUAGUAUGGCAGAAGGAUGCCUUGCAUAUCGAAGGACGGAGAUCGUGGUGGCCACCCUGCUGGGCCUGCUGGCCACCGUGGCAGCAGUGAUCGGCUCCGUCACUUACCACCAAUGUACCUUGAACGGCUGGAUUGACUACUGGCUUAUGUUUCACGGGGUGAUCACGGUGGGGGCGCUGGUAGGGAUAAUGGUCUGGCGACUGGCGCCUAUCCCCGGAAAAUACAUCAACGCCCUCGUCUACCUCACUGGCUUCCUCAUCUUCCUCAACCUCGGCUGGCUGCUCCUGGGCAAUGUGCAAAUCGGUCUCGCGUAUUCAAUUUGUUACGCAGGGAACUCUCCCGAUGUCUACCUCAAUAUUCCCCUCGACUGCUCCUCCAAACUCCUGCCGUUUAUGUUGUCUGUCGCUGUCAUAUCCGACAUCUUCUACGUCAUUCUACUGGCGAUGUUCUGCGCCCAAAGCUUCUACUGGAAUCAUGAACCUGAAGAAGACACCAAAGAAACCGUCCCAUAUUUAAAUCGAUGGUGCAUAGCAGUGGUGGUCACCAUUGCAUUCUUGAUCGUCUCAGUGAUAGCCAUCGCUGUGGGCGCCACUUAUCUCCAAGACUGCUACUAUGAAGAAUGGGGCGCUAUAUGGCUUAUUGUAUACGGAGUGUCGAAGAUCGCUAUCACAAUUUUCGCUUUCUUCUGGAUCCGGUACCGCAAGGAGGCCUCGGAAAUGUGGGGCUCGCACGCCUGUUACCUCCUCCUGCCUUUCCUCGUCUUCUACUUCCUCCAACUCGCUGUCUUGGGCUCCGUCAAGCCUCGGCUGUUCGACAUCCGAGAGGAAAACUGCAACGGCAUAGCGGCCUGCAGUGACGUGCUCCAGGUGACGAUGAUCGUGAUCAUAUCCAUCUUCUUAUUCAGCGCCGUCGUCACAUUCUACUACGGCGUCAUCUUCUUCUUUGUUGUCCUUUUCUUCUUCGUGGUCACCAUGUCCUACUACUGCAGUGGGGACUCAGAAGGAGAUGAGAACGAAGUGAAGGCAAUUAAAGAGCAUGACGUGUUGCAUCGGUUCCGCUAAGAUGAGCCGGUCGCUUACAACAUUAAGUUACAACUCUCUCUCUCUCUCUCUCUCUCUCUCUCUCUCUCUCUCUCUCUCUCUCUCUCUCUCUCUCUCUCUCUCUCUCCGAGCGCAAUAAAUUUAUUAAAUAAUCCCUCUCGAUACUGUUUCUCACGCUCUCACUUAUUUUUUCCUGAGUUACCUUAUUUUUUUUCCAAACAACACAGUUCACGUCAAACAAGAACAGGCCGCACAAAACACUGGCUCUUCAUAUUUCUCUCGGGACUGGCAGUGGAAGGAGUGCCGGGAGAGGAAGGAACCAACACCCUCAGGGAGAAACAAAUGAGCGCUACAACAAAGCUCACACUCUGCUUUACGUUCACUGUAACCGUUGUGCUCGUAAUAUUGUUAUACUGUCUCAGGUUUCCGUAAUUUUUUCGCAAAAUAAAAUAAAAUUCUCCUGUCCGUAUCUUACACCUUGUUAGUCGGAUGGUAAACACGGCAACGAUGAGAGUUUCACAUUUGGUUUCCUCGAUCAGGUAUUAGAACAGUUUAAUACCCGCGUAUAUUACGUAGCCAUAUAUAUUUCUGAUAUAAAAGUAAUACAAUAAAAUCUUGUUUUGAACUA